AUGAUUGGUAAAAAUGAAAUCAUAGCAAAUGACACUGAUAAUGGGCGCAUAACAGAAAAGGAAGAAAUUCUAAACCAUAUAAAGAAUUUCUGUGAUAAAUUAUAUGAAAGAACACAUGAACCACUAGGAAAACCUUAUGCAGAUGAUGAUGAAAUCCCCAAAAUCCUCCCCGAAGAAACAAGAAAAGCUAUAAACGAGAUGCAGAAUGGCAAAGCAGGGGAUCAUGAUGAUCUGACAAUUGACAUACUCAAGCUUACAGGGGAGAAAACAGACAAACAACUGGCUAAAGUCUUUAGUUUGUGUAUACAGAAUGGCAGCAUCCCAACCUGCUGGAACAAGGCAAACAUAAUCUUACUACAUAAGAAGGGAAGUAUUCACGAUCUGAGGAACUACCACCAGUUAGCUUAA